AUGGCGACAGUCAAUAUCAGCCAAUUAUCGGAGCAACUUCUGAAAUGUCCUGUUUGUUUGGAAACAUUUGACAAGCCAAAAAUUCUACCAUGCCUUCACUCCUUCUGUCAAAAAUGCCUAAAAAAGAUUUCGAAAGAUGGCGAGGCGUUAAUUCUUUGUCCUACAUGCCGCAACGAGAUCAACCUUCCACCUGGUGGGGUCCAAGAGCUUCCAACAAAUUUCUUCAUUAACAACAUGCUGGACUUCAUCUCUAUCCAAUCGUUUGCAUCCAAGCCGAUAGACUGCACCAAUUGUCAAGAUGGCAUCCAUGCCGUAGCACGCUGUGGGGAUUGUGUCGAGUUUUUAUGCGAACAAUGUCUUGCCGCUCACAAGCGGACCAAACUCACCAAAGAUCACGAGGUCCUUGCCCUGAAGGAUAUGCAAACUGCAAGUGUUCAAGAAAAGAUGCAUCGACCGUUGUAUUGCAGUCAACAUGAUCGUGAAAUAUUGAAAUAUUAUUGCAAAACAUGUGACGAUCCUGUUUGUAGGGAAUGUCUCAUUAUGGAGCAUAGAGAACAUGAUUAUGGCUACUUGAAAGAUGUUAGUAUGAAACAGAGACAACAGGUAAGGUUGUUGGUCGAAAACACGAAUUCUCAAAUAGGAUCCCUUGAGAAAGCCAUUUCUAAUGUCACGAGGCUUAUUGAACGCGUGAAUGCUAAAAGGCAAGGAAUUCAACAAGAAAUUACCAAGAAUUUUUCAAAAUGUGUCGAAGUUUUGAAGGAGAAAGAAGAAGAACUUCUUGUGUUCGUAGAUAAUGAGUGUAGAAUUAAGUGCAAAAAUCUUGGUUUGCAAAAGGAGAACUUGGAGACACUGUUAUCUAGCAUUUCUAGUAGUUGUCAGUUCUCUGAGAACGUCUUAGAACACGGUAAUGAGGCCGAAGUUAUGCUCGUGAAAAAGCAGCUUACGAAAAGACUUGGUGAAUUACAAAACACACACAUGGAAUUUGAACCAUUGGAGGAUGACUCCAUUGAAUAUGAGUUCUUUACCGAUGAAUUUCGUAGAGCUAUUCAGCAUGCAGGUCACAUUAGAGCUUUUUCUACGGUGCCUUUCUUCUGCUCCGCCACGGGAAUUGGCCUUCAUAAAGCUAAGGCAGAUGUUGAGGCAGUCUUCCAAGUUACAACCGUUGAUCGCAACAGAAAACCAUAUGAAUAUGGUGGUGACCGCAUUUCUGUCAAUGUCGAGCAGGAAGAUGGUGUGAAGUUUGAAGGCUCAGUUGUGGACAACAACGAUGGCACAUAUUUCGUGUCUUACAUCCCAAAGCUGCGUGGUAAACACACCAUUCACGUAAACUUGAGAGAAAAGCCAAUUAAAGGUAGUCCAUUCAAUAUUAUGGUCAGCGGACGUGUUGAUUAUCACCGUCUAAGUAACACAACACGAUCAUUUGGUGCACAAGGAGGAGGAGGUGGAGAAUUCAAGAUGCCUUGGGGUGUUGCCAUUGACAAUGAACGUGAAUACGUGAUCAUCAGCGAUGAGGGUAAUCACCGUAUUCAGGUUUUUGAUAUUCACGGAGGCUUUCUGUUCAAGUUUGGAAAUGAGGGAGUUAAUGAAGGGGAGUUUAAGAGCCCCAAAGGAGUUGCGUACUCUCAAAAGGUUAUCAUAGUUGCCGACUCAGACAAUCAUCGUGUGCAAAUCUUCAACGAAGAUGGUAGAUUCAUGAGGCUGUUUGGGUCGCAGGGAAGUGAUAAAGGACAACUAUCCUGUCCAUGCGGGGUAGCAUAUUCAAAUGCGAUAGAGAUGAUAGGCGUUACGGAGCAGAAUAAUCAUCGCAUUCAAUUUUUUUCGCUUCAUGGCCAGUUACUGCACAUCUUCGGAGCUCAAGGCAGUGGAAAAGGACAAUUCCUUUAUCCGCAUCACCUAGUUUUUAAUAACAAAGGUGUUUGUUUUGUGUCGGAUUGUGUCAACGAUAGAAUUCAAGUUUUUAACAAGGACUUUGAGUUUCAGACGUCCUUUGGCGAGGAAGGUACCAGGGAUUCUCAGUUUGACGGCCCAGAAGGUGUUGCUGUGGACGACGAAGGCAAUAUUUUGGUUUGUGAUAAUCACAACCAUAGAAUUCAAGUGUUUGACAGUGAGGGAAAGUUUGUUGUGCACUUGGGAUCAUAUGGUGAAAACGUGGGAUACUUCAAAAAUCCUUGUGGUGUUGCAAUAAGCGAUGCUGGGGAUAUAGUGGUCGUGGAUACGGGUAACAACCGUAUCCAAGUUUUUUAAAAAUAUAUGUAUACCUUUGACGAAAUGGCAUUUUUUCACCUUUAAAAACAUUUAAUUGGGAAAACACUUAUCUCUAUGGAUUGUACAAAUUACUAUUUACAGUAUUCUCAAAUGUAACUUUAAGGAAAUAAUUCAUGGAAACGUACAAUUAUUGAUUUUACAGUGUAUGAA